AUGAUUAUACAUGAUCGAAGAAUUCAGGGUAUUCGAGAUAAUUAUAAUUUAAUAAUUGAUGAUGAAAAAUUAAACUACGUGAAGGAGAGUAAAUAUCUUGGAGUGAUAGUUGAUAAUAAUUUAACAUUUAAUAGCAAUGCUGCUCAUACAAGUAGAAAAAUAGCAAGUAAAGUUAAUCUUUUAUGUAGACUUCGAUUUACUGUGAGUAAUUAUAUUGAAAGUCUUAUUUAUAAAACCAUAGUUCUUCCUCAUAUAAAUUACUGUAAUACCUUAAUGUUGAACUAUACUGAUAAAAAAUUGUGUACACUACAAAAGAUACAGAAUAAAGCAAUGCGAGCAAUACUAGGAAAAUCAAAAUUUGUUAAAAAUUGCGCAUACUAG